AUUUCAGAGCAGUCAGCACAAUCAGAAUUUAAUCCAAUUCGGGCUUCCAAGCAGAACAGUUGAGACCCAAGGUCUACAGUCGAUACAGAAUACAGAAUCCCUAUAUAUAUAUGCAGCAUCCGAGUAAUCAACCUACCUAUAUGCCAGAGGUGCCCUUUCAGCCACUGUGGGGUCAGGAGGCGCCACCGCCGCCGCCGCCCAUAGUUCCCUAUCAAGAUCUCAUUGCAGGCUUCCCCUGCUCCGAUUUAUCACUCUGGCAAAGAUCUCAGGUGACUCCACUCGUCAAUCAGCGUCCAACAACCAAUGGCCGCUCCCACGGCUCCACCUCCUCCAGUUUAAAGAAAACGCGCCGCCGCGUGGCUUCCAUGAGUCAGAGACGGGCUGCGAAUAUUCGUGAACGCCGUCGCAUGUUCAACCUGAACGAAGCCUUUGAUAAGUUACGACCAAAGGUGCCCACCUUUGCCUAUGAGAAACGACUCUCUCGCAUUGAGACCCUGCGCCUGGCCAUCACCUACAUUGGCUUCAUGGCGGAGUUGCUGAACGGCACACCCUCCAAUAGCCACAAAACCCGCUCGGACAUGUACGGCGGUAUGAACGGACAUCAUCAGUCAGGAGAUAUGCCUCCAAUUCCUCCGAUGCAUUCCCAUCACUUGCAUCCUUUGGCCUAUCAGCAUGACUUUGCCACGCCUUACAAUCACAGCUAGACGUGGACUAUCGUGCUGAGUGGAAGGAGUAUAUCAAUAUUGUAACGUGUUCUUUGUUGUCAUGCAUGUGUAUAGACUCAAAAUUAAAUAUAUGUAUAUUUGUGAUGUAUAAA